AUGUUGGUCCCAAGGCUCCUUUUUGUCGGAGUAACUGUGAUAUUUUUGGAUGGGACACUAUGCAGAGCCUGCACGCAGAGUUUGGCCAAAGGAAAACCCGCCUACCAAAGUUCCACCUUGUAUAGUAAGUACCCUGCCAGUAAUGCUGUGGAUGCUGAACGUUUGAAUAAUUUCGAAGUGAGGGUCGGAACCACUUAUGUGGAUAAUUCAUCAUUCACCCAGUACAAACUCUGCGCCAGUUACCCGGGGGUGGCACCUGUGGGGAACACGUGUCUGUCGUGUGGGUCGCCACUGAGAGGACGAUAUGUCUUGAUCAUUAAAGUUGGUAGUGACGAUAGCUACUUGCAGCUUUGUGAGGUGGAGGUUCAUGAUGGGGCACUAUGCAGAGGUUGCACGCAGAAUUUGGCCAAAGGCAAACCCGCCUACCAAAGUUCUACGAUUAUCCUAGAGUUGGUGCGCCUAGCUGCCAGUCUUGCUGUGGAUGGUAACUAUGACGACUCCAUGUACCAUUUGAGUUGUACCCAUACUGAUUUGGGUCAGGGUCAAUGGUGGCUGGUAGACUUACUACGCACGGAGAGGGUGGCUGGUGUAAUUAUAACAAACCGUGGCGACUGCUGUUCUGACCGUUUGAAUAAUUUCGAAGUGAGGGUCGGAACCACUUAUGUGGAUAAUUCAUCAUUCACCCAGUACAAACUCUGCGCCAGUUACCCGGGGGUGGCACCUGUGGGGAACAUGUCUCUGUCCUGUGUUACGACAUCAACUACAUUCAAACGGGUAGCAGCAGGUGCGCGCGCUACCCUCGUGCCCAUGUCCACGCUGAAUGUCGGUAGCCGAACCGAAUGCAGCAUCUCCUGUUUGCAAAACUGGAAGUGUGUGGCCAUAAACGUUCUCUGUGCUGGAAACGACCAAUGUGUCUGUGAACUUCUGCCCAGUACUGCCCAGUCUGGCGACUUGCAGGCAGACACUGGAUAUGACUAUUAUGAGGACAACUGCUUGGAGACAGUGUAA